AAAGACCAGGGCCAUGGGCACACAAAAUGUGAGUGAGGCCCAUAUAGAAGGGAUCUGCCCAGCAGAUAAUGAGCAGUGUCUAAAGUUAGAGAAGGCAGCCAUAAAGAUUCAGUCAUGGUGGCGUGGCAACAUGGUACGCUGGACGUUACUGCAUGCAGCACUCAGGGCCUGGGUCAUCCAGUGCUGGUGGAGGUCGAUGCAGGCCAAGAUGCUGGAGCAAAGACGGCGCCUGGCACUAAGACUCUACACCUGCCAGGAGUGGGCAGUGGUGAAGGUGCAGGCACAGGUUCGAAUGUGGCAAGCCCGCAGACGGUUUCUCCAGGUGUACCAAGCGGCCUGCAUCAUCCAGUCUCACUGGCGCUGGCAUGCCAGCCAAACCCGAGGCCUGAUCCAGGGCCGCUAUGAGGUUAGAGCCAGCCAGCUGGAGCUCGACAUCGAAAUCCUCAUGACCUAGGGUGCUGGCAGAGCCAAGGAGACUGGAUCUCUCUUCCAAUAAAGACAUUUACUGACCAU